UCCCGUAGGGCUUGGGGCUCCUGGGGCCACUCCUGCCCAUUCCUUAAGUGCAUCCUUUGAGCUAUGAGGGUAGUGCAGACUGGACCCUCCCUCAGGGAACUGUGGGCCUAGAAGGGGCAUUAGGGCACAAAUGAGUCAGAUAAAGGAGGAACAUGAUCAGUUCCCUCAGAGAGGUUCUGGUAAGGACUAACUAGGUAGGUUAGAGAUUGGAGCCACUGCUUUCUGCUUCCUGGAAGAGGUGGCAUUUGGUGAAUGAACUGGGUUAAUGAACUGGGUUUUGUUGGGAAGAUUGGAAAGCGGGGAGGUUUUAUAAAUAGAGAGGAGAGCAUUGCUAAAGAUUUAGAGGUAGAAAAGGGCCCUUUGUGUGUGAGUUUGGAUGGUUUGGGAUUUGGGAAGUGAGAGCCAGGGGGCUUGUUGGGAGCCCUGCAUGGAAAUCUCCACUGACUUCAAGCCUCAGAAAUCUGUCCUUUAUUCAGUAUGCAGCAGGGAGCCACAGAAGGAUUUCAGUGGGGGAGGAACCCCACCCAGUGGGAUCUUGUUGGAGAGUUCAGUCUGGGCUUUCCAGGGAAAGCAUGUAGGGUAAGGGGAGGGGAGAGCUUCUGGGUCAGGAGAGGCCCUCUGCAAGCCCAGAGUAGUUGGCUAGGUGGGCAGGGUGGGCGUGCCCACUGCAGGGUGCAGAAGGGCCACUUUCUUCCCCUCCCCCGUCAGCUGGGAAGGACAGCGUUUCACAGGGCUGCUGAGCAUGGGCAGCUGGACGCUCUGGACUUCCUUGUGGGCUCUGGCUGCGAGCACAGUGUGAAAGACAAGGAGGGGAACACAGCCCUUCACCUGGCUGCUAGCCGCGGCCACCUGACUGUGUUGCAGCGACUCGUGGACAUCAGGCUGGACCUGGAGGAGCAGAAUGUGGAAGGUCUGACUGCCCUACACGCAGCGGUUGAAGGCAGCCACCCUGACUGUGUGCAGCUGCUCCUUGAGGCUGGGAGCAGCGUGAACGCCCUCACCCAGAAAAAGCAAAGCUGCCUCCACUACGCAGCCCUUGGUGGCUCUGAGGAUGUGGCCCGGGCCCUCAUCCAUGCAGGAGGCCACACCAACAUAGCUGAUCAUGGAGCCUCUCCUAUGCACCUCGCUGUGAGGCACAACUUCCCCGCCUUGGUCCAGCUCCUCAUUGACGCAGGCAGUGACCUGGAUGCCACUGACAAUAGGCAGCAGACGCCCCUCCACCUUGCUGCUGAGCACGCCUGGCAGGACAUAGCAGAGAUGCUCCUCGUCACUGGGGUUAACUUAAACCUGAGAGAUAAGCAAGGGAAAACUGCCCUGGCAGUGGCCGCCCGCAGCAACCACAUCAGCCUGGUGGACAUGAUUAUAAAAGCUGAUCGCCUCUACAAAUGGGAGAAGGAUCACGUGUUGUGCAGGGACCCCAGGGAUCCCUCUGGGAAGAACUUGACCUUUAAGCAAGACCAUCGGCAGGAAACGCAGCAAUUCCACUCUGUGCUGUGGCGACUGGCUUCCAGGCAUCUGCGGCCUCAAGAGUGGAAGAAGCUUGCGUAUUGCUGGGAGUUCACCGAGGCCCACGUCCAUGCCAUCGAGCAGCAGUGGACAGGCAUCAAGAGCUACCAGGAGCAUGGCCACCGGAUGCUGCUUAUCUGGCUGCAUGGUGUGGCCAUAGCCAGUGAGAACCCCAACAAAGCACUGUUCGAGGGCCUCGUGGCCAUUGGCAGGAGGGACCUGGCUGAAAGCAUCAGGAAGAAAGCAAAUGCUGACCCGGGUACCCCCAGGAGGUGUACAGCCAUGUAACUGGAGAGGCCAGACCUUCAGGGGCAUGGAGACUCAGAAUGGGGGCCCCUGAACAGAAGAGGACCACCAUUUAAGGGCUUUUAAAAAAUCACUGUUAACAGACCUCCAGCUGCUUGUACUGAAACACCCAGCCCUGCAGGACCAGCAGGCACUGUUUGUAAUCUCUUUCACAGGGGUUAGUCCAGGGGCCAGUUCAGGUUUUGCAGGUAAUCCCUUCCCACAGGUGCAGUCCUUUGCAGCUCUUGGAGCAUCACAGCAGUCCCCUGAGAUGCAAGGGCCAUCUUUUCAGAAAGGACACUGAGGCUCAGAAUGGAUAAGCAGCUAAUCAGCUGUUGAGGUCAGGUGCCAAACCCAGCAUUCCUGUCUCCCCAGCCUGGCAAAAGGACUCCAACUGUCACUUACAAAACGGAUCUCCUUUAACUCAUUCACUGGCUUUUAAUGAAUGCUGUGCUUACAAAAACAGUGUUUCUGUUCACAAGCUUAUUUAUAUGCUUUGACAGUUCUAAGAGGUACACACAUUCUUUUUUUCCCAUUUUGUUUAGAAAUUUAAUUUUAAAAAUUUAUUUUUAUUUUUUUUUUUGAGAGAGAGAGAAAGAGAGAGAGAGAGUGCAUGCAU